AUGUACCACAUCACUACCAUCCUAGGAAUUAUAUUCCUCUCCCUCACAAACAUCGUUCACGCAAACGUGGAGAAAACUAUCUUUCUCGCCCCACCAGCAGCAACACUACCUUCAGAAGAGCCAGGUCUAGAUGACCUCGGUCUGCAACGGCUUUCGCCAGAGAACCAUGUCGUGCGAACACGGCUCAAUGCUUCGUUCCCCAAUAAGGAGACUCCAGAGGGCGUGGACUCGUGGUUCUUCCUUGAGAAUCUGAAGCCUGGGCAGCGUUAUGAGGUGCGGGUUUGUUGGUUAGCUACGCAACCAACAUCAUUCACACUCACAACACACUCCCUCACAGCAACAAUCGAGGACAAAUCCCUCUUCUCAUCACUAAGCAUCUUCUCCACAAGCCGCCUCACAGCUCUAGACGCGGAUCUCCAAGCGAACGCCAUUCCGCGUCGCGCAUCAGGCUAUACGAGCGGAGGUCUGUCGCCAGAUGCAGCUUUAUCAACAGACUCGGUGCUGUUCCUGCGGGUCCAAGCUGCGGCAGACUAUUUCAGUCAUAAUGAGUCGUUGAUGAAGAAUGUGCCACCUGUUUCUGUGGAUCUAAUUCUGGAUCCGUUUUUGUGGAAUGUUUUCCCUAGAUCACUUGUUCCGACUGCGAUUUGGAUUGUGCUUGUUGCUGUUGUGGCUGGGUUUGUGGCAAAGUGGGUUGGUGGGGAGAUAGGGAGAAUUAUUGAGGGGGCAAGGGUUGAGAGGGAAAAAGGCGAGGAAGUGGAGGAUAAAAAGGACCAGUAA